AUGGCCGAUCGCAGAAAUGAUGUCACCUGGAGAUCGGGUUAUUGGCUAAUUAGGGAAAAUGAUGUCACUAUGGCGCGCCGAGAGUACUGCCUUCAGCUGCAAGGGCGUUGUCACGGGUAUUACUAUCCUGCUUCUACAAGCCAUCUUCAGAAACGGAUGAGACCUAUCGUGCGAAAAAACUUGCAAGAUCAAAAAGUAACCUUAUGGUCUUAUUUAAGAUCCAAUUUUUUAAAUAAGCAAAAUCUUCUCUUUCUUGGAGAAAGUAAUCGUGUUCAAUUUAACACUAUUUAUAUUAAGGAAGCUCAUGCCGCCGAUGAAUGGGCACUACCAGUAACGAAUGAAAAUCUUGGCGUAUGCUUUCUUCAGCCUAAGAAAUUAGAAGCUAGAAUAAACAUAGCUAAAGAAUUUAUUAAUCGUUUCCAAUUUCAAUUACCGUUUUUUAUCGAUUGUAUUGAAAAUGAAACGAUGAAAGCAUACGACGCUGUACCAGAACGAUUAUAUGUAGUCGAUGAUGGAAAAAUCGUUUAUUCAGGCGGUCCAGGUCCAUUUGCUUAUAGCCUAGAUGACAUGGAACAAUUUUUAGAGAAAUACGUCGUAGAAGGACAGAAAUCGUCGUAA